CUUGUCUGUCGCUCCUCGCCCCGGAUACAAUUCCUUUCGUCACCGGUAUUGGCGCGUCCUAUAUCCCACUGGUGACCUUCUGGCAGUUUCGUGGCCAGCCCGCUUGUCGCGUCCUUUAUAACCCGAAGCCGCUACUCUAUUUUCAUGCUUCCCAUAGAUUCUAUUGAUCGUAGAUUAUUCGUCUAGUUGUCGAAAUCCUUCUUUAACCUACCUUCCGGGCCGGUUGAACAGAGCCGUCAUGGCUCAGCCGGCAGGUAACCUUGUCGACCAGAUCGCCCAGCUCAACGCUGCCCGCAAUCUAGUGCUGGGCGAUUCCGCAUUUUACCCACAGAUUGUGAACGGCAUUCUUCCUAUAAUUGGUGCGAGCUCGCGAUUGGAAUUGCGACGAUGGGGUGCAGAAUUCUUAGCGGAGACCUUCUCUAGCCCAGCGCUGGCCUCGGCUCAGAAGGAACAGCUGGCUGCGCCGGCUUUGCAGACACUGCGAGAGACGUUGGAGUUGCCGGAGAAGGAUACAGUGACUUUGAGACAUAUAGUGGAAGCUGCGGCCAGUUUGUAUCCCCUGGUGUUUAGGCAUAUCAUCAACCAUCCCGAAGAUUCCGCAGUUUGGGAGAAUAUGACCGCCAUCAAGGACGAUUUACUGCGGAAAUGGGACACAUUCCCAUUUCCGGUGAAAUUAGGCUGUAUCAAGUUCGUGCAGCGCGUUGUUCAAGUUCAGACACACGGCUUAACGGACCCUAGACGGCCGGAGCAAAAUGAAACUUCACUGGCCAUUGUUCCUAAAAACCAUUCCCUCCUCGCCCUGCCGAAUCUCGAGGCCGAAGCGUCGGGUCUACUGGACAGGCUUCUAGCCGUCUUUCAGGAAGAUGAAAGCGACCCCCUUCUAGUGAACGCGACAUUGAACUGUCUAGCAGUCCUGAUUCGAACCCGCCAGUCCAUCGGUAACAAAAUUAUCAAUGCGAUCCUAAGCUUCGUUCCUGCAAGACAAGCACGGACCCCGGUGACACCUGCAGUUCGCGUUGGCGUCAAGUCGAUGGAACGGACAGCCAGAGCUUUCAUGAUCCACAUAAUGAAGAGAAACCCUAGUCAUCCUCUCGCGAGCAAAAUGCAGCAGCAUAUCGAGCGUUUAAUGCAAUCGCGUUUGGAAGCCGUUGAUGAUAGCUCCAAGAAGCGUGGCCUGCCGGCCGAGCCAACUGAUGGUUUAGACAAUAUGAAACGGGCAAAAUUGGAUGUCGAAUCCCCUCCGCUAAUCAAGGUGCCUCCACUUCCUCCGGGCCCAAUCAGUUACUCGCAGCUCUAUACCUUAACCGAAGACACUGGACUCUCCUCUUUUGACGUGAAGCAAUUACCCGUUGACCUUCUUGUCAAGAUUGUGGUCCCUGUGCUAGCUCGAGUAGACCAAUCUGCUAUGCACCAAGCCCUUGACGCUGUACGAAUGCGGUAUCAGACACUCCAGAAGCAGCAAGCUGCGCAGCCCCCUCCGCCGGCAGCGGCUGAGGAAGAGGAUGAUGACUAUGAGCCCGAAUACCAGCCCAUGGACGUUUCCGAGCCGGUGGCAGAGCAGGUAGAUGCGUUAUUGGCUGAAACGGCUGAUCUUCAGCCCGAUCUGGUGUCACUCGGUCCAUUUGUGCUCCCGCAGCCUCCCCCGUUGGCGGAAAAUGAGGCUGCAGAGAUUGGCAGAAGUGCAGUAGGAAGAGUGUUUGACAUGCUGGCAUCAAGCGGUGUGGCGGCAAACACCGGAAAAGGAAAGAGCCAGCAACAUCUAGGCUUUUCGAGGUUGGCCGGAAGCACGUUUGAUCGGGAUGCUUGGGUAACGCUACUCACCCGACUCGCGACACGGGCGCCCUCUGGUUUAGAGGGGUACAAGAAGACCGAUCAAGACCCAUCGUCAAAGAAGCUGACAAUAUCCAAUUCUAUACGCGAAACAUUGUAUCGAUAUAUACUCGAGGAUUUCAGGGGCCGGGUGAAUGUAGGAAUCAUGUGGUUGAACGAGGAAUGGUAUAAUGACCGGAUUCAAAUGAAAUUUACUGCUUCGCAGCGAGCCGAGGAAGAUGAGGAAUCUUCGGUACCGUUGCACUACGACCACUGGUCACUGCGGCUUCUGGACGGAUUCCUGCCAUACUUGGAUUCUCGGGAUACGAAGAUUUUUAUCCGGUUUCUCAGUGAGAUUCCGGAAGUAACCAUUCCUAUCACGAAACGGGUAGCAAGUCUCGCAAAAGAUCCGGAGAGAGUGAACCUCUGUGUCCAAUCUCUGCUUUACUUGAUUAUGUUCCGGCCCCCUGCGCGGGAGAUGUGUCUCAAUGCCCUGGAGGAUGUUUACCAAACAUACGAGGAAUCCCGACCCGUCGCUGGUAAAGUCCUAGCCAAAUGGCGACCCCAGAGUGCAGCCGUACAACAACCUCAACCCGACCAACAAUCUACUUUGGUGACCCGCACAGUUGGGUCAGAGAACAACCAAACACUUGCAAAUGGCGCCUAAACACCAGGCUCCAACUAACAAGCACAGCCAGCAACCGCACCGCUCUACGGCCGUAAACACAAUCCGAGACCUCAACCCCUCGUCACCGGCUUUCCCACGCUUCAAUACCCGUCGGAUUGCCAUCGAAAUGAAUGGGAGCGAAGCGAAUCGGAACUCUGACAUAAUCAGCCUUUUAUCCGGGGAGAAUAGACAAUAUCAUGUUUUGACAGAGACCUGAUUCUGUUUUCCAUUUACCGUUACAGACAGCUAUUACCCCAUGGCUUUACCGUAUGUUCGGGCGGAUUUACAGCGGAAAUGAAAUGCAUAUCGCAUGCAAUGAUACAUUCGUGUAUGGAAUAUCAGUCUAGUCUAGAUUGUCUAGUGCUGUUCUUUC